CUUCAGCCAAUGAAACGACACAGCUACUGCGCCUGCUCACGGGUGAGCUAGCCUUGUCCCAAAGAGGAUAAUAAGUAUCCUGUAAAAAGCUCCAAGGAGCUCAGAACCACCAGGAAAGCUGUAUAAGCACCGGGUCGACGUGACUGAAGGAAGUGGCGCACUGUACGGGGAACUUCCUGCCGACCUCACCAUGAGUUACAAACCUAUAGCUCCAGCGCCAUCUGGCUCCAAUCACACGCCUCCAGGCUCCUCUGUGCCAUCUCCGUCACUGCCAUCAUCAUCCAAUUACCGGCCAGCGUUCAACGACUUUGGGCCACCGUCAAUGGGCUUUGUUCAGCAGCCCGUCAAAGUCUCUCAGGGAUCGACCUACAGUGAACUUUUGUCCGUAAUCGAAGAGAUGAGUCGAGAAAUCCGGCCGACAUACGCUGGGAGCAAGAGCGCCAUGGAGCGGCUAAAGAGGGGCAUCAUCCAUGCCCGCGCUCUGGUCAGGGAAUGUCUUGCUGAGACGGAGAGAAGUGCCCGCACAUAACCCUUUUUGCAGCCUUCCACAUCUCCUUCCCAAGUCUCUUUUUAUUCCUCCUCCUUUGGUGACUUUUCAUCAGUGGCUUAAAAAAAAAACAUCCCACUCCUCCCCUCAAAACUUAGUUUAAUUCCUCCACGGCGUCAUCCAUUAAACAAAAGUACAUCCGUUUCUUACCUUCUGUACUUCAUCACACACUUGAUUUGUGGAGGGAGGGGUGUUGACGAAAGUAAGAAGGAAAGUGUUGAAAAUUCAAAAUGGCUAGGCCUGGUUUUCGUGGAUGGGAUGGAGAAGGUUUUGUUGAUCUACUGGAGUCAACAGUGGCCGACUCUCGCUGUUCUUUUACCUUUGAAACCAGACUUUUUUUUUUUUCCUCAGACCUCGGUCUCGAACCUCGAUGUACAUCUCAAGUCAGUUUGUUCGUAUGGAAGUUUUGUAAACCAGAUUUUUGCAGUUCAGCGUGUUUAUCUUAAUUAAA